AUGACCCACUGCAGUGACAAUGAUGAGCGGAGUGAUGAUGGAGCAGAAAAACCCAACAAGAACCAGAAGAAGAGAAGCAAAGGAGAAAAGCAUGUGUCUUUCCCUCCUGACGAACAGAUCGUAUCUGGAUUUGCUGAGCACAGGAACACCGACAGAGAGGCUGACAGCUGCCUCACCUUGACAGAGGUAAUGGUGGCCUACCAGCAGAGCUGCAGCAGACACCAGGUCCAACCCAGAGAGCACAUCCUGCAGCAGCUCCAGCAGGGUGUGUGUGUAGGUGGCGGUGUGAAAUGUCUGGAUCUCAAAGGUGAGCGAUUAGACCACCGCUCCUGUGAAGCUCUGGAAGUCGUCCUGAAAUCGCUGCACUUUGAUUUCAUCAAUCUGCAGGCAGCCCAACUGGAAGAAAAUGGAGCGUCGUCCUUGCUGGAUAUGAUUUUGUACUAUGAAUCCACAACCCAUCUUGACAUUUCUGACAACAGUGGUAUGGGAACAUCGUGUUGGAGGGCCCUCGCUCAUUUGAUAAAGCAGAGUGUCCGUCUGUCCAGACUGGAUGUGCGCAACGUGCCCGUGGUUGACUACCCGGCCCAGUCUCUAUCUAAAGCUCUUCUGACCAGCCAGCUCACAGUGCUGCACCUCCACAAUGCUCAGCUCAGCGGCAUGCCACUAUACACACUGGUUGGUGCACUGAAGUCGAACAAGGCUUUGCAAGAGCUCCACCUCACCAACAACCUGCUGAACAGCUACCAGGACACCCUGCAGCUAGGAGACCUGCUGCGCUAUAACACCACUUUACUGACACUGGACCUGAGUAACAAUUCCGUAGCAGAUGCUGGCUUUGAGGAGCUGUGUGAUGGUCUGAGGCGUCAGACGGCAGGUCUGAAGGUCUUACUGCUAAGGAACAACCAGAUCACUGCAAGUGGCAUGGUCUAUUUGGCCAAGGUUCUGCCCGCGCUGAAGGUCCUGCAGGUCCUGGAUUUGGGUGAGAACCACCUGGGGAACAAGGGGAUCCAUGUCAUCAGAGAGCCUCUGAUGGUCAACUGCUCAGUGCUGCAGCUCGGCCUUGCCCAAGCCAGCAUCACCUGUGAAGGUGCUGUGGCGUUGGCAGAGUUUCUUGCAGAGAGUCGGCAAAUUCGGCAUCUGGACCUCCGUCAGAAUGAGGUGAAGGUUGGAGGCCUGAUGGCCUUGUGUCUGGCCCUGAGGAUCAACCGCUCUCUCGUUAGCCUGGAUUUAGACCACAUACCCCCACAGGAGCAGGACGACUUUCCGAUGGAGGCUCAGAUGAGGUUUCAGUCAGAGAUCACCCAGCGCUGCCUCGCCAACGCCAGCCGCUCUCACCUCGCCGCGGACGCCUCUGAGACGCUACCUGCCGAGGCCGACGGACGAGCUGACAGCACGGCGGCGGCCUGUGCUCGCGCACACGCACGGCACGCGGAGGGGGAAGCUGGCUAA